AUGUCUUCCAGGUACUUGCUAGUUUUGCUCCUGGGAGCGGUGCUUUUUGCCGCUGCCGUCCUCUCCGACGGCCACCACCCUUUCAAAAAAGAGCAUAAACCACACCACAAACACCACCACAAGCAUCACCCUGGUGGUCGCCGUCUCUUGGAGACCGUCGAAGCUGAGGACUCGCACAAGCCAUUCCCUAAACACAAGCCCCCACACCACGGCCACCCUCACGAGCACAUUCUUGUCGAGGAGGUUGAAAAGGAAGACUUCCACAAAAAGCCAAUCCCCAGCAAGAAACCGCCCCACCACCCCGGCCACUUGCUUGCCGAGGAAGUGGAAGCUGAUGAGAAAAAGAAGCCAUUCCCCGAGCACAAACCCCCAAAGAAAGGCGACAAGCCACCACCGAAGCACAAGCCGCCCCAUGAGGGACACAUUCUUGUAGAGGAGGUGGAAGAGGACUCAAAGAAGCCAUUCCCUGAGCACAAGCCACCCAAGAAAGGUGAGGAGCCCAAGAAGGGAAAGGGAGAGAAGCCACCACCAAAGCACAAGCCACCACACGAGGGACACAUUCUCAUAGAGGAGGUGGAAGAGGACUCUAAGAAGCCAUUCCCUGAGCACAAGCCGCCAAAGAAAGGCGAGGAGCCAAAGAAGGGAAAGGGAGAGAAGCCGCCACCAAAGCACAAGCCACCACACGAGGGACACAUUCUCAUAGAGGAGGGCGAAGAGGACUCUAAGAAGCCAUUCCCUGAGCACAAGCCGCCAAAGAAAGGCGAGGAGCCAAAGAAGGGAAAGGGAGAGAAGCCACCCCCAAAGCACAAGCCACCCCACGAGGGACACAUUCUCGUAGAGGAGGUGGAAGAGGACUCAAAGAAGCCGUUUCCUGAGCACAAGCCGCCCAAGAAAGGUGAGGAGCCGAAAAAGGGCAAGGGAGAAAAGCCACCACACGAGGGACACGUUCUAGUAGAGGAGGUGGAAGAGGACUCAAAGAAGCCUUUCCCCGAACACAAGCUGCCGAAGAAAGGCGAGGAGCCGAAGAAGGGCAAGGGUGAGAAGCCGCCGCACCACAAGCCACCACACAAGCCUCCCACUGAGAACUGA